UCGCGUUUCAUUUUGCUGUUUAACUUUUUCAUAUGUUUUCUUUGUUUAAACAAUUGUCGUAGUGAUUUAUUUGUCUAUUCUUAAAAUCUUGAACAUAUAUUAUUUAAUAAUAAUUGGAAAUAUAUACUUCGAUAUUAUCUGAAGGAAGGUUACGAAUCGACACGCCAGGUCCGGGUUGACGAACCCUCUGAAAGAGGCGGACACGUCGGUUCUCUAAAAAUGCAGCGCGUCGUUAGAGCUUAACACGCCUAUGAAUCGUGUGAACGGAAAAUAAUAAACGACAUUCUUAAAAUUAAAAGAUAAACGAGAGCGCAAAAAGAGCAAUCGUAUCAUCAUUGUACUUGGAGUGGAAAGGAAAUCGAUCGAAAAAAAAAGAUCGAGAUGUGUAAUCGAAACGACAACGAUGACGAUGACAACGCCGCAUUGUUGGAUCGCUACUUCGAAGGAAUCGAGUUUCAAUCUCGAAUCGAAGGAUUUUGAAGCUCGAUCAAUUUGUAGUAAAGACCCGGAAGCCGCUAUAUUGGAGAAGAAGCGAGAAAGCGGCGUGCCGCUCUUCUGUGUACCGCGGCAAAGGCGAUCGUCGCAGCCUGAAAAUAAUGAAGAGAUGAUCGCAAGCCUAUCGAUACACAGUGGCGGCGGAGGAGGUGGAGGCGGCGGCGGUGGAAGCAGCGGAGGUAGCAGCGGAGGGCCGAGCAGCCGCGUGGGUCGUGGAUUGGCCCUUCACAGGUCCAAUUCGAGCUUGGAGCUUCCUCACAGUCCAGACCCUGCCUCUCGAGUGCCGGAGACUCCCCUGCGUAGGGAGUAUGGAUCUCACGGAAGCAUCGACGUAGUGGCACAAUCGGGAGUGAUGAUCGGGGAAAAUCUCUUCGCUAUGCUUCAAGACUUGAGGCCGUCCGCGUCGGUGGCCUCGUCGACGCCCGAUCAACGGAAUUCAGUCGGCGUGGAGUACCUGAGACGCGUCCCCGACGGCCAAUCGGUCGACGUGGACGAAGUAUGCGGCCCGACCGGCAACUCCAGCCCGAAAUUACGAUUGAAAUUGCACAGACUGUGGGGAGCUAAGGCGGCGCCACGCGCCAUGGAGGAGAGCAGCUGCGGCAGCCCCGUCGUUUCGGCCGACGUCGAGGAGAGGCACAGAAGGCGGGCGUUCGCCCAUUACGAUUGCCAAUCGCUCACAGCCAAUCUCGGCUACGCUGCCAAGCUGAGGGGCAUCCUUCUCGCGCGCAGAAGGAACACCGCGACCGGCGCCUCGGCCGCGAGCUCCUUCAGAGCGUCGACACCCGACGAAACCCCCGAGGAAGAUGCCGGCGAUGGCAGAGGUAACGACUUGUUGGAGUCGUGCCCCUUCUUUCGAAACGAGAUCGGUGGCGAGGGGGAGCGGGAGGUGGGGCUGACUCGAUGCUCCCCGGGCAACGGAGUUCACAGACCGUCCCUGUCGUACGGCGUCGCCGUUUUGGAACCUGGGCCCGGGGAAACCUCCUGGAAGCACACUUGCCCCCUUCAGAAACGGCCGCUCCCUAUCGAGAGCGUCGACGAGGGUGCUCAUUAUUACAGACGGUAUUUCCUCGGCCGAGAGCAUCAGAAUUGGUUCGGUAUGGACGAGCAGUUGGGCCCCGUAGCCAUCAGUAUUCGAAAGGACACGAACCAGUACAGGAUAAUCGUGCGCACGUCGGAGCUGCUUACGCUCCGCGGCUCCGUCCCGGAGGAGGCGUUGGGCGGCAUAAGGCCGCAGGGCAGGGUGCCCACCAGGGAGCUGUUGGAAUUGGUCGCGCCCGAGGUGCAACUCGGCUGCCUCCGCUCGGGGACGGCCGCCGCCGAAGAGGCACUGGCCAGACUGGACGAGCAGGGGUUGUCCAACAAGUACAAAGUCGGUGUCCUGUACUGUAGGUCCGGCCAAAGAACCGAGGAGGAGAUGUACAACAAUCAACACGCGGGGCCCGCCUUCCUCGAAUUUCUCGACACGAUCGGCCAAAGAAUAAGGUUAAGGGGGUUCGAGGGGUAUAAGGCGGGCCUGGACACGAGGACCGACUCAACCGGCACCCACGCGGUUGCCGCGACCUACAGAGGGGCGGAAGUGACGUUUCACGUGUCGACCAUGCUACCGUUCACUCCGAACAACAGGCAACAGUUGCUCAGAAAGAGGCAUAUUGGAAACGACAUAGUCACGAUCGUUUUUCAGGAACCUGGCGCGUUGCCUUUCAGUCCGCGGAGGAUACGCUCUCAAUUCCAACACGUUUUCAUCGUGGUCAGGGCUGUCGAUCCAUGCUCUGACAACACUCAGUACAGAGUGGCGGUAUCCAGAAGCAAAGAAGUGCCGAUUUUCGGCCCCCCUGUCCCUCAGGGCGCCACGUUUACCAAGGGGAAAACAUUCGCCGAUUUCAUCCUGGCAAAAGUGAUCAACGCGGAAAAUGCUGCGCAUAGAUCGGAAAAGUUCGCAACCAUGGCAACCAGGACGAGGCAGGAAUACUUGAAAGAUCUCGCAACGAAUUAUUCUUCAACAGCCGUGGUUGACACCGGACAGAAAUUUUCUAUGCUGUCGUUCAGCAGCAAGAAGAAAACUGCGGUACGACCAAGAUUAUCCUGCGACGCGAUGCAACGCGGAGCCAUAUGCUGGCAGGUGAUACUUGAGGACAGCAAUCAGAACACGGAUUGCUACCUGGGAGUAAGCAUAGAUACGAUCGUCCUGAUCGAGGAACAUUCGAGACAAAUUGUAUUCGUCACUCCAUGCGUGAGCGUGCUGGGAUGGCACGCCCAAACUAACAGCUUGAGAUUGUACUAUCACCAAGGAGAAUGUAUCACGAUUCACGUGCGCGGUGAUUACGGGGAAAGGGACGAGUUAAUGGAGAUAGUUGCUCGUCUACGCGCCGUAACACCAGGAGCACCGGCCACCGAACUAUCCUUGAAGAGGAACAGCUUGGGACAAUUGGGUUUUCACGUUCAACCCGACGGAGUGGUAACGCAGGUCGAGAGUAUGGGGCUCUCCUGGCAAGCGGGGCUGAGGCAGGGAUCCAGGCUCGUCGAGAUCUGCAAAGUAGCUGUGUCCACUUUGAGCCACGACCAGAUGGUCGAUUUGUUGAAAACGAGCGCUCAGGUCACUGUCACUGUGAUACCACCGAAUAACGAUGGUAAUCCAAGGAGAGGCUGUACGCUGCAGAAUUGCCAAUACUUGUCGAGCAAUUACGAGGGGGAUUACGAAAAUGUAACCAGUCCGGAUAACACGCCAACUCAGCAGGCAGCUAUGCCCCAUCAGAAACGGUACGAGAGAUCUUUCAGCCCACCACGAUCGAGCAACAGUUCCGGUUAUGGGACAGGAUCUAGCUCCAGAUCGUUCAACGAUCCGCGUUUCCCCAUGGAAGGCACGAUGACGAGUAGUAGUAGCGGGCACAGUAGCAACGAAGAUCGUUGGUACGAGCUGUUGGAACCGCAGGAUCAGGAAAGUGCAGGGUAUCGUACCAAUGGCGGCACUCCCCCACCACCGCUUCCAGCUAGGCAAUCAUUUCAGAUGAUCGCUUCGAAAUCUUCUCAGAAGAAGGAUAAAGAGUCCCAUUACGCGAGCGCUAAACAAUUUUCCGAGAGUUCGAAGCACCACGGCCACGAUCAUUAUCAGAAAGAGGGCAAUUACGUGUCACCGAAAGUGGUACAGGAUAACAUGAGACACGAGAAUUAUCAAAGGCAAUUGGACAACGCCCAUCGUAAUCAGGACCACGUCUCCUCUAAUUACGUGAAGCUUCAAAAGGAGAAAUACGAGAUGAAGCAAGAAAAUUUAUACGCGUCCCAGAGAGAGCUUCAAAAGAGCGAUAUGCAUUACGUAACUCAUCAAAAGUUGAGCGCAUCCAACUCUUUACCCUUAGCCCAGAACGCAGCUUACAGUCUUCCAAAGUCUAGCAGUAAUAACAAUCUCGGUAGAUGCAACGAAGGAUACGAGCACGAAGGGAAACAGGACAGAAAUUCGAAGUACGACGGGCAGGAUGAAAAAUUGUUGGAUAGAACGUCGUGCAAAUACGAGCAGGAUAUAAGGGGCCACGAGGCUAAGAGAGGGUCGACGAUCAAUUACGAUUAUCCCGAGGAGAUAUACGAGAGACGAAACAGCAAAUACGACAUGGAUGUGUCGAAUAAGUAUGAAAUCGAGUGUCAACACAAUAUCAAUAUCAACGAGAGGAAGCACGGCGAUAAUCAAAUUGAAUCUAAUCGGGACACCUCCAUACGAUACGAUUUGCCGCACGAGUUCAAAGUUGGGGAGAAGGUUACGUGUUUGAAAACUACCAUCACCGAGAGGCCCGUCCCCCACAAGAUAAACAUCGAGUAUCGCCAAACGAAAGACUUCGCCACAAGUCUCCCCCCCGAAAUGAGAAUCGUCGAUGUCAAUUGUCCGGAGGUGGCUACAUUACCGAGCGAGGAUGAAUUGUCGAACGGAUCCGGGAGCGUGUCACCCCGGCUGAGAAGAGCGAACAAAUCGCACCGUGGGGGAAAUCUAACGCCUUCGAGCGGUGGUUCGAGGAAUCAGAGUCCGAGACCGAAGCCGGGCGUGCGAAAUUCGCACAGAAAUUCGGCGAAUUUAACGUCGAGUACGCUUCAGGAAGAUCUGAUGAAACUGAUCAAUCCCGAUUAUAUCGGCGACGAUGAUCAAAUAAUAACGAAUAACAACGUGACCGGGAAUGCGUUGAUCGCCAAUCAGAAUCCGAACAAGAUGAACAACAACAAUAUGCUCGAGAUACAGAACAGGUGUAGAUCGAGAGAGAAUUUGUGCGGUGGUAAUGGGAACGCGUUGACCGUGUUGCCGGCUAACGGCCAGGAGAACGGCAACACUGGAUCCGAGGUGAUUUUGACGAUGGCCAGGCCAGCAACGGUUAUUUCGAAUGCAAGCACAGCGUCGAGUCCCGCGCCGAGCGAGAACAAAUUGUCGAAGGAAGAGAGAUUGUCACCGCGCGUUACCAAACCUCCCCAAUCGAUUUCCAAAGCAUCGGCCAACUUGACACCGUCCAUCAAAGACAUCGCGAAAAAUCAUAACGAUACGGACGUGGACCGUUGGCCACAAAUUCACCACGUGGAUUCUAGAUCGAAGCAGCACGCCCAAGAAUGGCCCGACGAGAGACUUAUCGAUGGAUGCAAUACCAUCGCAAAUUCCGUGUCGGAUUUGCAGUCUCAUUUGUCCACUCUUGAACUGAGAGUAGCCAGAGAAACUCGUCGAAGGCUUUCCUUGGAGGACGAAGUGCGUCGUUUGCGGGACGAGAACCGACGUUUACAGGAUGAAAGUCACGCGGCUGCGCAACAACUUCGACGUUUCACCGAAUGGUUUUUUCACACGAUAGAUCAUCAAUAAUAUCCAAACAAAUAUCGUAAUUCGAGGACAAUCGUUCGAACAUGGAGCACAUGGAGUUUUCUUUUUCUUGUUUCUUUUUUUUCUACAAUCCAUCGUUCUAAAAUUACAAUCAUUUUGUUUUUUCUUUUUUUUCAUAAGAGCAGUAUUAGUUUCGCGUUUUCUCGAACAUAGACUAUCGCGUAUUCUCUUAGAGAUUAAGAGGCGAAUAAAAAAGAAGGCAAUUUUAAAAUCGUUGCACGUUAAAGUGAAUUCUCAAGUAUGUAUACGUGUAAUGCGCAUUUGUUCGCGAUAUCAUCACGAGCAUGCAUGCUCGGUAUUCUGUAUUAUAGAUGUUAUACUUUAGGUAUAAUAAGGUAGCUAAUAAGAGUACAAUAUAAGUUACCAUCGUGUCACGCUCCAUCGAACUCUCCAUCAAAUGUUUGAGAAAAAAAAAAAAAAAAAAAAAAAAAAAAAAAAAAAAAAAAAAAAAAAAAAAAAAAAAAAAGUAGCGUGUAGAUGAGAGUAGCCAGCUCUAGAAAAUUGACUCAAAGAACGUUGCUUUGUUCACGAUGCGCGUUGAUCACGAUUACAUCUCACUUCAAAAAAAAAAAAAACGACCAAAUAUUGUUAGUUGUUUAAGAAUCACUUUAAUUCAUUCGUAAUUUAUUACGUAUUUUUUUAUAUCAUCGUUAAAGGAUCGUUCUCGUGCGUGUUUUUGCGAAUUGAAACAUUCCUCGAUUAUCAAAUCCUUCGCCAACCAUCUUUGCGAACCUGCCUUGGCUGAACGAGACUUAUUAAACGCGUUCGUUAAAUUGGAUCUUCUUCUUCGCAACUGAUAAAGACGUGAUCCGUCGACAAACGAUAAACUGUAAAGCGAUGAGACAAAAAUCGAUCAAUAAAAAGAAAUGCACACCUCAUAUGAGAGAGAG